UCUCGGUGAUGAUCAGCCCCCGGACUUUCUCCUGCUCUUGGAGUUAAGUCUCAAACUCUGAUCGCCGAUCGGGAUUUCCUGCCUCACAUGGCUCAGCGGCGAGUGUGUGGAGGGAAACCCUGCUGCAUUUCCACUCGGAUUCCCCUUUGCACCAUGUGGAUACCUGGGCGUGGAAGUAGUGGAUCUGCGUAGGACGCACGGGUCAGAAGGGACAGUGAGGCGGCGCACACGUUCACCAGGCAGUCAAGUGUCCAUCCUUAAGUCUCCAGGAGCCAUGCACGGAGCCCGCGUCUGCAUUCUCAGAGUUUGUGUGCUGCUGCUAUUUCUUUGGUCAGACUCUCUGGACUGCCAACACACAGCCGAUCACAGGAAGGUUCAUCAGAGGCCAGAGCCCCAACAGGAGGUCAGAGCUGAGCAUGGAGAAGUGCAUGGCUCCUGGGGCACCUGGGGUUCAUGGUCAACCUGCUCCCGCACCUGUGGAGGCGGCGUACAAGAGCAGAGCAGGCCGUGUCUGCCUGUUUACUCUCCAUCCCAGUAUCCCUCAAGAAGUCAUGGAGGUCAUCCCCAGCACCCGGGUCUUGUCAUCUCAGCCAUGAAGCCAUCAGUGUCUCAGCACCACAACACGGGCAGACCUUCCAACAGCAGCAGCCGUCGCGGUGAGCCGAGGAGAGAGCCGCGACCAGGCGGACGAAGGAGAUUCAGUCAUAUCACCCCGGGGAGGUACGGCUACGGGAGAGCACCUUAUGUUGCUCCGCUGCAGACGGACACAGGCCGACAGAGACAGAGACGCUCUGCUGCUGCUGCUGCUGCUGCUGCAAACCACCCCACUGCUAGAGGUCAUGCUGGCCAGAGGUCAAACAACCUGGACCCCGCAAACCACCUCCAUCGCAACAGCAUACCCUACAUGCGUCCCAGGGCACAGCAAUCCACAAAUAACCAGGUCUGGGCCCCCCUCUACCAGCCUGGUUCAGCCAAGCAGACUGAGGAGCAGGAGCUGCACUCGGGCAGACAGACCUCUGGGUCCCAGCAGCAUCAUCAUCAUCAUCAUCAUCAUCAGAGACCAUAUAACCCCUUACCUACUUCCUUCUGUACAGGCGAACAUUCUCACUACAGCAUCUGCAACAGUAACGCCUGUCCUUCAUCCAGCAGACACUUCAGGGCUGCUCAGUGCUUCUCUCACAAUAGCCGACCUUUCAUGGGCAGAAUGUACAAGUGGGAGCCUUUCAAUGAAGUUCCUGUGGAUCAACACUGUGAACUCAACUGUAGGGCCAUCGGGUUCAGGUUCUACGUGCGGCAGUCGGACAGAGUGAUUGAUGGGACGCCAUGUGGACUGAAUGACACCUCUUUGUGUGUGGCAGGAAAGUGUACGCAGUGA